GCCUGUCGCAACGCUGCCAAUUUGGGGACCCGCCGCACGCUACGGCAGUCCGCAGCUGUCAUACCCACGGCUCGCGCCGCACGGCUCGCUCCCCAGCCCUCUGAGUGCGGAAGCUGCCCCGGCCUCGUCCGAUCCCAUUACUGAACUCCUCAGCAGGACCAUGGCCCCUGUGGACACGUUCAACGCCGAGCUCGCUGGUGACGAGAGCGUCCUGAAGAAGGACGUGAAGUCGAUGUACAAGCUGGGCCGAAAAUUAGGCAAGGGCGCGUACGCGGUGGUCCAUCGAGGCACGUUACUCUCAGACAAGUCGAUAACAAGGGCCGUCAAGAUUAUUGAUGAACGGGCAUUAGGACACGAAGACAUCGAGGCGUUGCAUGUUGAAUUACAAACAAUGCGGAAAGUCCAGCACCCGAAUAUCGUGGACCUCUACGAGUGCUUUUUACAUGCGGACAAAUUUGUCAUGGUCCUGGAGCUGUGCAAGGGCGGGGAGUUGUUCGAUAGAGUGGUGGAGAAGGAGCACUAUAGUGAAAGGGAAGCGCGGUUCUGCUUCUCGCAGUGCGUCGAAGCCAUCGGCCACUGCCACGAGCACGGCGUCGUGCACAGGGACCUCAAACCAGAAAAUUUACUGUAUGCGGACGCCGAGGGCACGCCGAACGGCGACGUGAUCAAGCUCGCGGACUUCGGCCUGGCUUCGCUCAUCACGCCGGACCACCUACUCACAACCAGUUGCGGCACGCCCGGCUAUGUCGCGCCCGAGAUCCUCACGUCCGAUUCGACACAUGGGUACGGCAAGGAGUGCGACCUCUGGUCGCUGGGCGUGAUCCUCUACAUUUUGUUGGCGGGCUACCCGCCCUUCUACGACGAGGACGGUUCGACCGCAGCGAUCUUCAAGCAGAUCAAGGCCGGGGCCUACGAGUUCCAGGCGCCCUACUGGGACCCCGUCAGUCAACAAGCUCGAGCCGUCGUGUCGGGCCUCAUGACCGUCGACGUGAAGGAGCGCAUGACCGCCGAGGGCGUCUUCGCGUCGCCCUGGAUUUCUUCAGAUGAGCACGCCUCGUCCGUGCACCUGCCGCACUUCACGGCGAACCUCAAGAAGUACAACGCGCGGCGCAAGUUCAAGGGGGGCGUCGACGCCGUGAUUGCCGAAUUGCGGCUUUUGCAGGCCGCGGGCGGCGCGGAGUAAGAUUUUCAUCUUA